GGAAGAUGUGUUUCGUCUGUUCACAACAUCCUCCUUAUUACAUAAAUUACACAGAAACCAUGAACAAUGACGAGCUUUUAACAAAUUACUAGUUUAAAAAGUAUAACGUGCUGACAUUGUCAUAUAGAUACUUAUAUACUUAACGUCUCUGGUAGAAGCGGAAGUACUCUAUGCGUUAUGGCUACAACAAGCAAAGUGCCGGCAGGUGCCGCAAAACGAGUUCCACCGAAACCCGUGACUCUGAAGCUGCCUACCCUGAAUUCCAAGAUGGACAUUCCCAAACCACACAGCGCCGCCUACAACAGGCGGAACCAAACCACCUUCUCCUGGUACAGCCAGAGUUGUCCUUCGGAGAGCUUCUUGUUCCGCCACAAUUCGCCAUCUCCUUCUACGCCCUCUAGUGGCGGCCGAUCUCCGGCGAAGAGCCCGACCUACACUAAAAUCACAGAACAAAAGUUUAAGAAGCAAUCACGUCCAAUGACUUCCCAUGCGUACGACGGCGGUCUGUUUUGUAACUUUACGCCAAGGGCAGACUACUUCGUGAUCGACCCAGAAUGGGUUUCUGAACAUGACACGAUUAAAAAAUUGUCAAGUGAACGCAAACCAAGGUCAAAGACGUUGCCCGUUCGACGACGUUGUAAAAGUGCACCGCCUCCUAAACAUAGGAAUCCCAUAACGUGGGAAUGACGUAAAUUAGCUUUUAUUAAAAAUUAAACCUGCUGUUUAAGCUUUCUUGGUGCUUUCGUGUCCUUGGAAGAUGAAAUGGCCGUGGGUGAUUAUAGAAAGGAGAUGAGUUGGCUUUUAUUCUAUAUGCAAUGGAAUACAACCUUUUCGGAGUGGUCAGUCAGAGAAAGUUUCGAUUUUUAAAACAAAAAUGUCAAGAAUCAAUUGCAUGGCAUUGGAUCUUGUUCUGUAAAAGAAAGAAUUUAAAAUUGCUUUAAUUUUACAGUGAAUACAACUUGUUCUGUGUUUUCAGUCAAAGAUAGCUCUGAAGAACCUUACCAUUCCAUAAAUGUGCAAGCAAUUUUUAAACGGGACACGAUUAUGCUGCCGAUGUCCUGGUGUGCUGAAGAUGUGUCUGUAUCCCUUCGUGGUUUGCCAAUCACGUUGUUUCUUCCAUAAAACGGAUUCCUUUUCACCAGCAGUUAAGACUAGCUAUUCACAGUCAUAUUUGUAUGUUACGUUCAAGAAUUUUUAUUUGUGAUUUUACUUGGAGACAAUUACAAAUAUGCACAAUGCAUCUUGUUUUAUGCCUUCGCGUGAAUGCACAGGGACGACAUCGUGUACUAGCAAUGGCACACUAUGUUGACAUUUGUUUCGUUUCGUCGACGCAUGUGACUC